GGGAAAAAAGGGAAGUGCUGGCCAAGGCAGUCGCGGCAGGACACUGCUCAGGCCCGAGGACCAGUGGUACCCAGACUUACCUUUGACCUUUUCCUGCUCGCCUUCCGCCUCGCUUUUGAACCCCGCCUCCUCCAAGUUUUUCUGAUCUAACGCAUUAGACCUGGACCCAAAUCAUGUUCCCGGUAAAGGUGAAAGUGGAGAAAUCAGAGAUGGAGAUGGCCAAAGCCCGGAACCAGCUGGAUGCCGUUCUUCAGUGUCUGCUGGAGAAGAGUCACAUGGACAGGGAACGCCUGGAUGAAGAGGCUGGGAAAACCCUCUCGGAUACACACAACAAGGAUUGUUCCAUUGCUGCCACGGGCAAAAGGCCAUCGGCCCGCUUCCCUCACCAGCGGAGGAAGAAGAGAAGGGAGAUGGACGAUGGGCUUGCUGAGGGGGGUCCUCAGAGAUCCAAUACGUAUGUGAUCAAGCUGUUUGACCGGAGUGUGGACUUGGCCCAGUUCAGUGAGAACACACCGUUGUACCCCAUCUGCCGCGCCUGGAUGCGUAACAGCCCUACAGUGCGAGAGCGCGAGCGCUCACCUGGCUCACCACUGCCCCCUCUGCCAGAGGAUGGAGAGGGCUCAGAGGUCAUCAACAGCAAAAAUCGUGAUGUGUACAAGCUGCCUCCACCCACGGCCCCUGCAGCACUUGGAGAUGCCUGUAGAUCCCGAAUUCCAUCCCCACUGCAGCCUGAGACCCAGGGUACCACUGAUGAUGAACCCUCCGAGCCUGAACCUUCUCCUUCCACACUUAUCUAUCGCAACAUGCAACGCUGGAAACGCAUACGCCAGAGGUGGAAGGAGGCGUCUCAUCGGAACCAGCUUCGUUACUCAGAAAGUAUGAAGAUCCUCCGGGAGAUGUAUGAUCGGCAGUGAUCUCCCCAGGACCCACCCCAAUAAACCUGCCCCAACCCACACUGGCCAGCCCAUCUUUCCUGGCCCAGACAUAAGGCAGUUGAC